CUUUUGUAUCCAUCUCUUCUUUAUCAAAAACUAAAAUGGCUUCUCUUCUUGCAAAAUCUGCCUCAUGCACUAUUCUCUUGAUAGCACUUGUUAUCACACUAACCAAACUUUUAUAUCCCAACCUACUCUCAAUCAUCCUCCCUUUGCUUCCUUUCAUGGUCUACUUCUACCCAUCUAUUUCAAAGCCAUCCACAACAAACCUCCCUCCAGGACCGUUUUCUAUUCCAAUCUUUGGCAAUUGGCUCCAAGUUGGAAAUGACCUUAACCACCGUCUUUUAGCCUCCAUGUCACAGAUUUACGGCCAGGUAUUUCUCCUAAAACUCGGCUCCAAAAACCUAACAGUUGUUUCGGACCCCGAGCUCGCCAACCAUGUCCUGCACACGCAAGGUGUAGAAUUCGGGUCUCGCCCUAGGAAUGUUGUGUUCGAUAUAUUCACCGGAAAUGGACAGGAUAUGGUGUUCACAGUUUAUGGCGAUCAUUGGCAUAAGAUGCGCCGGAUUAUGACGUUGCCGUUCUUCACCAACAAAGUUGUGCAUAACUACAGCGAUAUGUGGGAGGAAGAAAUGAACCUGGUUGUUCAUGACCUGAAGAAAGAUGAGGGUGUGAGAAGGGAAGGAUUAGUCGUUAGGAGACGUUUACAGUUGAUGCUAUACAAUAUUAUGUAUAGGAUGAUGUUUGAUGCCAAAUUCAUGUCCUCAUACGAUCCUUUGUUCAUUGAAGCAACCAGAUUUAAUUCGGAGAGGAGUCGCUUGGCGCAGAGCUUCGAGUAUAAUUAUGGAGAUUUCAUUCCUUUUCUUCGACCAUUUUUGAGGGGGUACUUGAACAAGUGCAAGGAUUUACAAAGCCGGAGGUUGACAUUUUUCAACAACCAUUUUGUAGAGGAAAGAAGGAAAAUAAUGGCUGCGAGUGGAGAGGAGCACAAGUUCAAAUGUGCAAUGGACUAUAUAAUAUACGCUCAGAUGAAAGGAGAAAUCACAGAAGAAAACGUACUCUAUAUUGUUGAGAACAUCAAUGUUGCCGCGAUAGAGACGACACUUUGGUCCAUGGAAUGGGCCAUAGCUGAGCUUGUCAACAAUCCUGGUGUCCAAAUCAAGAUCCGAGAUGAAAUAAGAGCAACUUUGAAAGGAAUCCCAGUCACAGAAUCUAACCUGCAUGAAUUACCAUACUUGCAAGCCACAGUGAAAGAGACACUACGUUUACAUACACCAAUACCUUUGCUGGUUCCCCAUAUGAAUCUUGAAGAAGCAAAGCUAGGAGGCUUUACCAUUCCUAGAGAGUCCAAGGUUGUAGUCAAUGCUUGGUGGCUAGCAAACAACCCUGAAUGGUGGAAGAAUCCUGAAGAAUUCCGGCCCGAGAGAUUCUUGGAAGAAGAACGUGGCACAGAAGCUGUCGCCGGUGGAAAGGUUGAUUUUCGAUACCUGCCUUUUGGGAUGGGAAGGAGGAGCUGCCCUGGAAUUAUACUAGCAUUGCCGAUCCUGGGGCUUGUGAUCGCAAAAUUGGUGACCGAUUUUGAGAUGCAGCCUCCGCCAGGUAUAAAGAAGAUCGACACAAGUGAAAAAGGAGGACAGUUUAGCUUGCACAUAGCGAACCAUUCAACAGUUAUUUUCAAUCCAAUCAAUGGCAACAUUUGAGCACCAGUAGUCAAAAUGAUGAAACAGUAAAUGUUCAAUGCCUUAACAAUUGUUAUAUUUCAUUUCCACGAAAUUUGUUUCAGUGAUUCUCAAAGACUAAAUAAAGAAAAGAAUGCAAAACCUGGAGCUGA